AUGGCUGCUCAACCUGAUUUCAAACUGGCUCUCCCUCCCGAUUUCGAGGGGCAGGUGUUGAAAGUUGGUGAUCAUGGUUACGAUGACGCUCGCCUGAUCUUUAAUAUGCGCUGGCAUGAGAGUCAGCCUGCCCUCAUUGCUCAGCCGGCCAAUGUCGCUGAUGUGCAGGUGCUGAUGCGUUACGCUUCUGCGCACGAUAUUCCAGUUGCAGUUCGCGGGGGUGGCCAUGGAAUCGACGGUACCUCAAUGCCUCACAACCAGCUAGUUAUCGACAUGUGCCCCUUCAAGGAAAUUGUCGUCGAUCCAACUUCCCGCACAGUGCGUACUGGUGCUGGUGUCCUCCUGAGUGAACUUGAUGCUGCAUGUCAGCAACAUUCAAUGGUUGUUCCAUCAGGGACUGUCAGCUCUACUGGCAUAGCAGGACUGACUCUUGGCGGUGGUAUUGGCUACAAUAUGAGACGCUACGGUGCGACAGUAGACAGCCUACUCGCUUGCGACGUUGUUACUGUUGAUGGUCGACUUGUGCGUGCCAGUAAAUCUGAGAAUUCUGAUCUCUUCUGGGCUCUUUGUGGUGGUGGAGGAAAUUUUGGUAUUGUUACAGCAUUCGAGUAUCGUCUACAUCCACUUGACAACAUUGUUGGACAGGCAUUCCUUCUUUAUGACCUCGACGAGGCGAAGGCAAUGCUUCUCGAUCUCUGUACCUUUAUGAAGACUGCACGCCGUGAACUAUCUGUGAUUGUUAUUUUGGCGCCAAUCCCGCCUAUGCCAACCAUCUCCCCAGAGCACUACGGUGUAGCUAAGAUGGCAGUCCAUGCAGUCUUCACGGGCGAUCUUGAUCAGUUCGAUGGCGUGAUAAAUGAGAUCACUGCAUUAAGGAAGCCCUCACAGGUUGUUAAAGGACAGGCUCCAUGGGUGGAAGUCAAUCGCAUGCUUGACAACCUGGCGCCGUUUGGCCGUCGUAGCCAUCUACGUGGAGGCUACAUGGACCCUGCUGUCGAUGGGGUUAUAGAUAUUAUAACUGCUGGCGCUCUUCGUGCACCUCCCUCAAACCAUCCUGCUCCAAGUACUAUUCAGAAUAUAUGGUUUUUCGGGGGUGCUAUUUCAGAAGAUUUUGAGGAGGACUCAGUUGCCUUCUCCCGUGAUGGCGCAGUUUGUAUGUGGGAAUGUUUUGCACAAUGGGACACAGCCGACGACGAUGCCAACUUUCAAGGGUGGAUAGAUACUAUUGCAGACGAGUUGGGACCAAAAUUGAGAGCUAAUGGGUACAUUAACUUGACAACAGACCGCGGUCAAGAGUGGUUGCGUGGCGCUUUUGGAAGCUCAGAGAAGUAUGCACGACUUCUAGCUGCUAAAGCCAAGUGGGAUCCAAAAAAUCUCUUGCGUUUCAAUAAAAAUCUUGUAAUCUGA